AAAGAGCGAAAUGAAGAGAGAGGCGCAGAAUCUACUGCAGAAGGUGGAUGAAAAAAGUGAGAAAUGCACCGUGGGUUGUCCCAUACUAGAUCGCAACCUGAACGGCGGAAUACCAACAAAAUCAAUAACCGAAGUCGUCGGCGAAAGCGGAAGCGGAAAAACUCAAAUCUGUCUCCAACUGGUCCUGUCCGCUCAACUACCACCCUCUCACGGCGGUCUCAACGGCUCAUCUCUUUACAUAUACACCGAAUAUCCUUUCCCUAUCCGCCGUUUAAAACAACUCUCCCUCUCUCUCCUUUCAUCUCAUCCAAAUCACCUCCUCCUCAGUAGCUCUGAUCCUCUCUCUCGUAUCAUUCUCCGCGGAAUUUCUUCCGCUGAGAAUUUCGUUGAAUUAUUGCCUGAUAUUGAGCUUUGUUUACGUUACUGGAAAUCACGAUUGUUACCUAUUAGAGUAAUAGUUGUUGAUUCUAUUGCUGCUUUAUUUAGAUCUGAAUUUGGGAAUUGUUGUUUUGAUCUUAAGCGUAGAUCUUCCUUGUUUUUCAAGAUUUCUGGUGGAUUGAAAUCGUUGGCGGAGAGAUUUGGUUUGGUUGUGGUUGUUACGAAUCAGGUUGUUGAUUUUAUUGAAGGGAAUGAAAGUGUUAGAAUUGGGAAUUUUAGUGAAUUGUGUUCUUCUGGUAGAAGGGUUUGUCCUGCAUUGGGUAUUUCCUGGGCUAAUUGUGUUAAUUCUAGAAUCUUCUUAUCCAAGGAUCAAACUGGAAUUAAAAUUACAAGAUUUAGUAGCCUUGUUUUUGCUCCUCAUUUGCCACUAUCCUCUUCUCAGUUUGUUAUUACUGAAAAAGGUCUUUUUGGUGUAGAGAAUGUAUGA